AUGGGGAUAAACAACCUUUUUAUAAGUGAAAUUAUUAAAUUAGACAACACAAUGGCGCUUCCUGGGUUUAAGGGUGACGUUCGGGAAGUUCGUGUCGUACAAGAUUACUUAAAAAGGAAAAUCGAUCAGAUAGGAAAAAAGUCUGCAGUAGCACAAGGGCUCGCCGAGGCAAUCACUAGUGUUGAGAAAUUUCGAUUCUCCAACCAGUUACUGUACUUGAUAAAAGAUUCUGAUGCUAAUAAUGGAGAUGGCGAACUCAUUGGGUAUCUGAAGAUAGGCCAGAAAAACCUUUACCUGAACGAUGACAUGAACAAAGUGCGACAGGUUGAGCCGCUGUGCGUCCUGGAUUUUUACAUAAUGGAUGAAUAUCAAAGAAAAGGUUACGGCAAGAAACUCUUCGAUUACAUGCUAUCGGAUCUCAAAAUGACCGUCCAUCAAACCGCAUUAGAUAAUCCAUCGGUGAAAUUUCAAAGCUUUCUUAAAAAGCACUAUAAGGUCAAGGACAUCGUGGUUCACGCGAACAAGUUCGGGGUAACCUCCGAGUUCUUCCACAAUCAGGAGUUAAGUGCUCCUCGACUGCCACAGCGUGAAUACCUACACGCAGGUCGUUACACAGCUCAUCAUCGCGAAUCUUCGAUUGCCCGCGUUAUACAUGGAAGUCCCAACACUAGCAUCCAGCAGCCGCAGGUAGAUAGUCAAUCCAAAAUUAAGCCCUUGCCCGAAUCAGAACCAACUAAAGUGGAACCAAACGUGUCUCCACCAAAGGAAAUCCAACAGGACUUCAACACCGAAGACCACGAGGAUGCGGCAUCUGUAUCGUCAUUACCAGACGAAAGCAAAAAUCACAAAAGACCAUCCACUCUUGAAGUGCGGCCGAUGUCGGAAGUGGAAGGGGAGGGAGAUGAAGUGCCGGCUGGUUCAGUGGCGUCUCACCCGCCCGCCUCCCUCACGGACCGCGGCUACUUCGACGUCAAGUUCUACCACAACCAAUUGUGAUUUUCCACUAUAUGUUUUCCAAUUAAGGGACCAGGCACUGAUCUGGUAAUAAAAGCAGAUGAGUUAGUAAACCUUGUUGCUGAUGAGAAUCUUAAAGCUGUGAAACACAGAAUUUGGAGCCGAAAGUUUUCAAAAAGGCAGACCGCUAUUGUACGUUUUGCUUCAGCCCCAACUUUAGGUCCACAAGAAGAUCUACCCAAGCGUCAUAAAAUUUGGAGUCGAUGGGGAAAGUGGGGAUCUUGCUCUGUCUCGUGUGGCGACGGGAUUAUCACCAGACGUCGUAUAUGUGUUGCCGGCCGAUGUGCACCAGGCGAAGUCGAAGAACAGCACCGGCCAUGCUCAAAAACACCAUGUUGUGCAACCACUGUUGAUAUGUUGGAUGGAGAAUAA